AUGGCAUUGUCACAACAGAAGCCCGGGGAAGGAUUUCUGAUCCGCCAUCUACAAAGCUCAGACAUUCCAAUCGUGGCCCAUAUAGCAGCAACAGAAUACUUUGAUUCAGAGCUCAAUUCAUUUCUAUGUCCACAUCGUCAUAAAUACCCCGACCACGUCACCCGUCGCUUCACCCAGAUGAUCCAAGGCCGCUCCCUUGAUCCCAGGAAUAUCGGAUUCGUAGCCGCAGAUGCUCUCAACCCAUCCAAACCAGUAGCCUAUGCACAAUUCAUACGGCUCGGGCACGAUCAAGCUGCCGUGCAACUAGUUGCCACUCAGAGCUCUGUCUGGCUUACCCUAAGAAGGUGGUGGUUCAAGAUUCAUACUUCUGUAGUGAAUUUCUUCUGGCCCGAUCGGUCGAUCGACCCUGCUGCUAUGGGUGCAUUUAUGAAAUCUGUUCAUCAUGAUACGCACCUUUAUUGGGGGUCUCCUGAGAUGAAAAGUAUGAAUCGGUGGCAUACGCAAAGUGUGGUUGUGUCGUCUUUCUAUCAGCGCCUGGGAUUAGGGCGUCGAUUGAUGGAUGAGGUUUUGCGAAGGGCGCAAGAUGAAGGGGUGGUUGUUGAUUUGGAAGCAAGUGAGGAUGGGGAGAAGCUUUAUCAAAAUUUAGGGUUCCAAUUACGAGGGCCAUUUUCAAUGGUCCUUCCACAUGCUGGGCUUAUGUUAGGAGGGUUUAUGAUGUGGUCACCACAGUAG